AUGGAUGUAUCCACUUUGUCCCCAAAGGCUGUGACACUCUUCUGUGGUCUGUUGAGCUUCUAUAUCUUCAUCACGAUCACCAAAUAUGUCAAGUUGAGGCAGUUCCGAGGUCCUUCAUGGACCAACAUCUCGCACUGGCCUCAUAGUAUAGCGCUGCUCCGGGGGAAUUGCCACGAGUGGUAUGCAGAAGUCAAUAAGAAACAUGGUCCGAUUGCCCGUAUCGCUCCUGGACGGCUGAUCACAUCCUCCCCCGACGUUUGGAUGCAUGUGAACAACAAGCCUGGCUAUAAGCGCUCCGAUUGGUACUACCGCGCCGUGCGACUUGAGUACCGGAAGGAUAAUGUCUUCAGUCAGACGGAUAACGUGAAACAUGAGCAACGGAGGAAGCAGAUGGCUCCAGGGUAUUCGGGAAGGGAGAAUCCCAACUUUGAGGGCUCUAUAGAUGAGCAAGUCCAUGGUCUCUUGAACCUCAUCCGGUCUAAAUAUCUCUCGUCUGAGCAGGAGAUCGUACCGAUGGAUCUAUCAAAGAAGAUCCAGUAUUUCACAGUCGAUGUCAUCAGCAGUGUGGGUCUCGGCAAGGCGUUUGGUAUGCUUCAAAAUGACCAAGAUGUGGACGAGUACCUCCAAUCGACCGACGAGGGUCUUUCUAUCGCUAAUACCGCCCUCGCCAUGGGGUUCAGCUGGCUCGCUCAGGCGCCUUUCAUCGGUCAAUUUAUUGCACCCUCACCCAACGACAACAACGGCUUCGGUAGGAUGAUGGCAGCAUGCUUCCGUCUCGUCAAUGAGCGUGCUGCAAACCCCUUUGACGAUCGGAGCGAUAUGCUAGCCUCAUUCAUGCGUCAUGGCUUAUUGGAUGAUGAGCUACGCAGUGAGGCGCUAGAGCAAAUACUUGCGGGUUCUGAUACCACAGCUGCCGCCAUUCGUGGCACCCUUUUGCAUAUAGUAACCACCCCUCGCGUCUAUAUCAAGCUGCGGGGUGAAAUUGAUGAUGCCGUCCACCGUGGAAAUGCGCCAAGCGAAGACCAAGGCCUGAUCACUGCUGCCCAAGCUAAACAGCUUCCGUACCUGCAGGCUGUAAUCCGCGAGGGUCUAAGAAUACGGCCGCCUGUUGCGAAUGUGUUCCCCCGCGAUAUCCCGAAAGGUGGUGACACUGUUGUUGUCGAUGGCGAGAGGGUGUUCCUACCGGGUGGUGCCUGCAUUGGAUACUCGGCAUACGCAAUGCAUCACAGUGAGAAAGUCUAUGGCAAAGAUGCAGGGGCUUUCCGACCGGAGCGGUGGCUUGAGUCAGAUCCUGAUAAGUUGGCUCUCAUGACUCAUACCAACGAGCUUAUAUUUGGCUUUGGCAGAUUCCAGUGUUUGGGAAAGGUAGUAGCCCAGAUCGAGAUUGGAAAGAUAAUAUUUGAGCUCUUCCGCAAUUUCGAUAUAGCUUUUGUCAACCCCACACAUCCCUGGGAUGUGCGAAACAAUGCUGGGCUUUUUUCGAUCUCAAAUAUGUGGGUGCAAGUAGUCGAACGGACGCCCUGUUCUCAGUCCGGGUAG